AUGAAUGUUCAGAGGUUGAAGAAUUUGAUUUCUCUUCGUACGAGAAACUUCUCUAGAAGAAUCCAACGAGCUUUAGAGGAGUUGGCUGAGAACUUACAAAGAGAAUCACAACAGGCUCGUCAACCACAGGCAGUACCUAUUCCUGUUCCUGUACGUAAUAGAAACCCAUUAGCUAGACGUAACUAUUCAACUAAUCCGGGUUUCCACGGUGGUUUUAACAAUUAUCAAUAUUAUCAAAAUUGGACUUUUAAACAAGGUACUAAAAAAUACAAUUUCUUUUAUAAGUUUUACAACACUUCUGGGCAUUCAAAAAUAUUAAAAAAUUUGAACAGAUCAGGUGGUGGGUUAUUCCAUAACUUUAGUCAGGCUUAUAACAACAGCUACAGAUUGAAAUUAUACCAUAAUAAUAUCAGGUUCACUUAUCGUACAUUAUUCAAUAAUUUACGCGAAAAGUAUCAGGUUUAUAACAAAGGGUUAAACGUUGAUGAAAUCAGGAGAAAUAAAUUCAACCCAACAAUAAGAUUAAAUUUAUCAUUGACUCCUGGCCAUCAUCAAUUAACUUUGAAAUUAGCCAAGACUGAAUCUACAAAUAUUCCGAUUGAAAAACAACAACAACAACCAAAGUCUAGUUUUAUUGAUUUUCCAAUUAACUUCAAUUUAAAUAUUCCAAAUGAAACUAUUUUAAGUGAAGAAAUUUUAGAUGAAAUGCUAUUCAACAUCAAAUCAUUUGAAAAGAAAUUGGCUACUUUAAAGAAAGAUUUAACCAAUUUGUUUGACUUGGGAGAAUUACCAAUUAAGUAUAUUAGCGGUAAGAAUGUCUUGCGUGUUUAUUUUCCUAAUUGUGAUCGUGAAAAGUUGGAAAUUUUAUGUCAAGAAAAGGGAAUCACUGGUGGGUUUAUUAUUGAAGAAGUUGAUGAAAUAUCGAACGAUGCUACUGCUAUGAGUAGUAAUACCACCAGUUUUGGUAGUGAUAUUUUAAGUUCUAGUGGUGCUGAUGAAAGUAAUAUUGCAUCAUCCCGUUCUUCUUUCUCUAGUGAUAUUUUAAGUGAUUAUAGUGCUGAUGAUGUUCUUCAAGAUGCUAUUUUGAACGAUACUGAGAUUAUUCGUCCUAUGAAUAUUACUCAGCAACAACAACAGUUAUCGUAUGAUAAUGUUGAUAUUUAUGAUGUUAAUGAAGAUUAUCAUUGGAUUUCUACAUCCUCUUCUUGA